AUGUCGUCCUCGUCCGAGACAUCCCCUCUGCUCGAACGAUCUAGCAGCCCUGAGAUCGAUCAUCUACCAGACCCCAACGGUGUCAACGGUGUCGAGGAAGAUCGUGUUCCUAUCUUUCUCCGAACAGCACAUUCACCAUGGCCAUAUCUGAUGCAGAAUUUCUCCAGCAUCACCCUCUUCAUGAUGACUCUUUAUCAGUGCAUGGUGUUCGGCUGGACGUUUAUGCACUUUCACUACCCCAACGGUGGCCAGGGCUACUCCGGUAUCAAGGCCAAGCUUCUGAAUGCUGCAGCACCCCCGGAGCAACGACCGAACUCGCCCAAAAGUCUGUUCUUCAGUCUCUUUUUUACCAUUUCGCAUGUUGCUGCUUUCAUGAACACGUUCAUAUACGUGACUGUCUUGGCACCAUAUGGUCACGGGAUUGGGAAAAAUGAGAAGCAGUCCGAGGGCUCCUCCCCUGGUGACAAAGAUAAGCCAGGCAACGGCAAUAAUGGAAAUAAUGAUGGUCACAGGGUCAUUGUGAUCGACGACAACAUGCUCAGGAAUCUUGCCUUGAUUUCCCUGUUCGUUCUACCUUCGGUGGUCGCCUUACUCGAGAUUCUCUUCCUCAACAGCAUCAAACCACAAAUCCCACUCUCGACUCACAUCCAGGCCGUAAAUCUGUUCGCGAUGGUUUACCUCGUUUGGGCAUAUAUUGGAAUGUCUAUUACCGGCCAUGAUCCUUUCUUAGUCUUCGACCCACCGAGGCUGGCAUCCAACACCGUGUUAGCGGUCUCUAGUUUUGCUGGUCUUGCUUCUGGCAUGUUCUCAGUCAUGCAUGCCCUCAUCAGCUUCCGCGAGGCAAUCAUCAAGAAGCUUCGAUACUAGGCCAGGCCAAACUUGUCGUCAACAAAGACUCGCUGCAUUCCCCGUCUGCCAAGCUUUUGCAGAACUAUAGCUAACCGCGAACCCGAGAGAGAGUGUGUGUGUGUGCGUGCGUGUGGAGUUGUUGACAGAACAUUGGUGAGAUAAGGUUGGGCACGUCAACACAAUCAUUUGAAUUGACAAGACUGCAAUGAGUUGAACACAUGACACAUGGAAACUCAGAUUGGUGUUGUACUGUUGUUGUUUUUAGAUUACUGUCUGCCCAAGCAUAAUUUGAGGUACGUGGUGGGCGGUCAGAAGACUAUGACGCACUUGGCUUGCAAGACAACAGAACAUGUCUAUGAUAUCAAGUCAAACCCACAAAUUCGAAGAUAAGCAGUUGUAAACCAUGAGAGAACGAAGGGAAGGAAACCCGAUUGAAUGUACUUCUAAACUAAAUUAGUUUGGUGCAAUCACAUAUUUACCUUGGACGAAGUGCGUGGACUGUAUUUGUUAACUGUUCAGUAAUUGAUGGCAAACCUGUUUCUACAAGACCUUUACACUGCCACUGCAACUAUUUACAUAGGUGACAGUGGGACGUGGGC